UUCGUCGGUUCUAAAUAUGAUGGCGGAAGAUUGGAUGGCACUUAAGUCGGAUACAGAAAGACUUGUGAUGAUAAGACGUGUACGAACUGCUCGAUUAAUCAUGACAAUGGGAUACAUUUUUGCGAUGACAGGAUCUUUCACAAUAAUCGUACCACCUUAUUUUGGCACGGAAUCAGUGCAAAUAACAAAUUUCAUGAAUCGGAGCAAAUCGUUACCGCUGGAGACGUAUACCUUCUACGAUACAGAUAAGAGUCCGCAGUUUGAAAUAACAUAUCUUCUUCAUGCCAUAACAAUUUUAAUAGGAAGUAUUAUUGAAACGUGUAUAGAUCUUUUUUUAGUACUAAUAGUUCUUCACAUUAGUGGUCAGUUAGAGAUUUUUAGAUACCGGUUAAUUACAUUAGUUUCAUGUGAGAAUUUCAAUGAAGCUUUAAGUGAUAUCGUAAGAAAACAUUUACGAUUAAUCAGAUUUCUUGACACUAUUGAAAGUAUGUACUCUUUAGUGAUGUUUGUAUUGUUACUUUAUUUUGGUGUCAUCUUUUGCCUAAACGGUUUUUUAUGUACUAUUAUACUUACUGACAUAGAAACAGAUGGAGCUGUCGUACAAGCUUUAUACUCAUCAGUGACUGCAUAUAUCUUAUUGAUGAAUACUUUUCUCUUUUGUUUUGCGGGAGAGAUUGUAUCAGAACAGGUAAGUUGAACAUAUAAUAACUUAAGAAUGGCACAUAUAAUUGCCAAACACCUUCCGAUAAAAAAU